AUGUCAGUAUACAACCAAAGAACCCAUCAAACUCGUCUUAAUGAGUUGUUGGAUGCUAUUAAAUCUGAGUUUGACUAUGCGUUGAAUGAGGCUACCAGUUUUAAAAAGAUUGAAGAUGAAUAUCAUUUAAAGUAUUCUCAACAAAAUACCGAAUUGCAACAGAUUAGACAAACUGUUUAUGAAUUGGAGAUGGCCCAUAGAAAAAUCAAAGAAGCUUAUGAGGAGGAAAUAUUGAGGUUAAAAACUGAAUUGGAGAAUAGAGAUAGACAAAUGAAGAAUGGUUAUCAACAACAGCAGCAGCAACAAGUACCUCCUCCACAACCACAACAGCAGCAGCAACAGGUGCCUCCUCCGCCUCAACCACAACCAGUCCAACAACAACCUCAACAGGUUCAACAACAACAGCAGCCACCAUCAAUUCAACAACCACCUGCACCUCAACAACAAGCUCCUGUUCCUCCACAACAGCCAGUUCAACAAGCUCCACCACCACCAUCAACUCAAUCGCAACAGACAAUCCCAACCCAAGCCUCUCCUCAACAACCAGCAGCUGCUACUGCUGCUGGUGGUGGUGCAGCUGCAACAGCUCCUGUCUCUACCAGCAACGCAUUGACCAUCAUUGACAAGUCACAAUACAUUGUUAAUCCUGCUCAAAAAGCCGCACAUGUUAAAGAAAUACCUCCAUUUUUACAAGAUUUGGAUGUUGCUAAAGCCAAUCCUGAUUUCAAGAAACAAAACCUUGAUUACUAUGUCUUGUAUAACCCAGCUUUUGCUCGUGAUUUAGAUGUUGAUUUGAUUCACUCAUUAGAUCAUUCAUCUGUUGUUUGUUGUGUCCGUUUCUCCAAAGACGGCAAGUUUAUUGCUACUGGAUGUAAUAAAACAACACAAGUGUUCAAUGUCGAAACUGGUGAAUUGGUGGCUAAAUUGAUUGAUGAUUCAUCCAAUUCCGAAACUAAAGAAGAAGAUACUCCUACAACCAAUGGAGACUUGUAUAUUAGGUCAGUCUGUUUCUCACCUGAUGGUAAAUUAUUAGCCACUGGUGCUGAAGAUCGUUUGAUUAGAAUCUGGGAUUUAACCACAAAGAGAAUCAUCAAGGUAUUGAGGGGCCAUGAGCAAGAUAUUUAUUCAUUGGAUUUCUUCCCUGAUGGAGAUAGAUUGGUUUCUGGUUCUGGUGAUAGAUCAGUUAGAAUUUGGAGUUUGAGAUCUUCCCAAUGUUCAUUAACUUUGAGCAUUGAGGAUGGUGUUACUACAGUUGCAGUAUCGCCUGAUGGGAAAUUAAUUGCUGCUGGAUCUUUGGACCGUACCGUUAGAGUUUGGGAUUCAACCACUGGGUUCCUUGUCGAAAGAUUGGAUUCGGGUAAUGAAAAUGGAAAUGGCCACGAGGAUUCAGUUUACUCUGUAGCAUUUUCAAACACUGGUAAUCAAAUUGCUUCGGGAUCUUUGGAUAGAACUGUGAAAUUGUGGAAUUUGGAUGGCAAACUGGAUAAAAACUCCAGUUGUGAGGCAACAUACAUUGGUCAUAAAGAUUUCGUCUUGUCGGUUUGUUGUACUCCAAAUAAUGAAUAUAUACUUUCAGGAUCCAAAGACCGUGGAGUUAUAUUUUGGGACCAAGCUUCAGCUAAUCCAUUGUUGAUGUUGCAAGGACAUAGAAACUCGGUCAUUUCAGUGGCAGUUUCUUCCAACUUGCUGGGUACUGAAGGUAUUUUUGCUACUGGAUCGGGUGAUUGUAAAGCAAGAAUUUGGAAAUGGACAAGAAAAGCGUAA